CAAGGGCCGUAGGGGUUUCGUCACACUGAUAAGUGUAUAUUUUGUUUGUGUUUUGCAAAUUGCUUUUAGCCUUUUGUCUUACCGUUUGUGUGCAGCUGAGUUGCUAAUGAAUGACUGAACAACGAAUUUUACUGACCAGAAAAUUCAAUGCAAAUAGAUUUAGAAAUAAUAUGUUGAGGACAGGAAAUGCAGAAAGGAAACGAGUAGUAGAAAGUCAUCCAAGGAGGAAAAAAAGAAACAUUGACAAGAUGGAGUCAGAAACAGAAGGAGAAAGAGAAAGAGAGAUUGAAGGAGGAAAACGACAUUUGAAUUGGAGAAGAAGCAGUGAAAUGACAAUUUCACGAAGUUUAGGUUCUCCCAAAAAUAUUAUUGUAGCAUUAAUUUUGUAUACAACGACGCCUCAAUCUAAAAAGAUGUUUAGGUAUAUUAUUAUUAUUAUUAUUAUUAUUAUUAUUAUUAUUAUUAAUAGACACAUAUAUACAGAAUUAGCCAUGUAUAACAAGACAAUAUAUGUAUCAAGACAAUCAUACAAUAUACAUGUUAAAUGUACCAAUUCUCCUUUCUUUAAUUUUGUUUGUUGUUUGAUGAACCCUCAAGCUUCCUCCCCCACACACAAAAACACACAUACACCUCCAAAUAUUCAGAACUCUAAAAUUUACCGACAAGGUUUUGUUUCCAUCUUUCACAUUAUCUCAACAAUUAUAUAG